CCAAUACAUCACAGUUCCUCUCUUCUUUGUUUGAUUUGGAAGAAUAGUAAUGGCAAUGGAAAGAGAGUGAUAAGGUUGUGAACUAGAGAUAAGACAGUGGUAGUGAUGGAGUGUGUUGGAGCUCGAAAUAUUGCAGCAAUGGCUGCCGUUCCUUGCUUUGCUUGGAGGUCUAGAACAAGGAGAUUGAGUGGGAGACGCUCGACUCGUCGGAUACAUCGUUACUAUUCUUGUCUACCGACUCUACGAGCAGGUCCAAGUGGCGGGAGGGACAAUUGUAUGGUUGUUAAGGAAGGUUUCAUGGACGAGGAGGAUUAUGUUAAAGCUGGUGGUUCAGAGCUUAUUUUCGUUCAAAUGCAGCAGACAAAACUCAUGGAGAAGCAGGCCAAGAUUGCUGAUAAGUUACCACCAAUCUCUCUUGGAGACUCUGUGCUAGAUUUAGUGGUGAUAGGUUGUGGUCCAGCUGGGCUCUCUCUGGCUGCAGAAUCAGCUAAAUUAGGCUUAAGAGUUGGCCUUAUUGGACCUGAUCUUCCGUUCACAAAUAAUUAUGGUGUGUGGGAGGAUGAAUUUAAAGAUCUUGGGCUUGAAGGGUGUAUUGAGCAUGUUUGGCAGGAUACCAUUGUUUAUCUUGAUACUGAUGAACCAAUUACAAUUGGUCGUGCUUAUGGACGAGUCAGUCGACACUUGCUUCAUGAAGAGCUACUGAAAAGGUGUGUCGAGUCAGGUGUCUCAUACCUUAAUUCAAAAGUGGAAAGCAUCAGUGAAGCUGCAGAUGGACAUAGUCUUGUAGCUUGUGAAAGGGGGAUUUUUAUUCCUUGCAGGCUUGCUACUGUUGCUUCUGGAGCAGCUUCAGGGAAACUCUUGCAAUAUGAGGUGGGAGGUCCCCGUGUUUCUGUCCAAACAGCUUACGGGCUGGAGGUUGAGGUGGAAAACAACCCAUAUGAUCCCAGCCUAAUGGUAUUCAUGGACUAUAGGGAUUACAGGAAACAAGCAGUUCAAUGUUUGGAAGCAGAAUAUCCGACAUUUCUUUAUGCCAUGCCCAUGUCACCAACAAGAGUUUUCUUUGAGGAAACUUGUUUAGCUUCAAGAGAUGCCAUGCCCUUCGAACUGUUGAAGAAAAAGUUGAUGUCUAGAUUGGAAAUGAUGGGUAUCCGAGUUAUAAAGACUUAUGAAGAGGAGUGGUCUUAUAUUCCUGUUGGUGGAUCCUUACCAAAUACACAGCAAAAGAACCUAGCAUUUGGUGCUGCAGCUAGCAUGGUUCAUCCGGCUACAGGCUAUUCCGUUGUACGAUCUUUGUCAGAAGCUCCAAAAUAUGCUUCUGUCAUUGCAAGAAUUUUGAAGCAAGGUAUUGAUUCCAAGAGCACAGUCUCUCCUGAGAGGAGUAUUGGGAACAUUUCAAUGCAAGCUUGGAAUACGCUUUGGCCGCAAGAAAGGAAACGUCAGAGAGCAUUCUUUCUCUUUGGAUUAGCUCUAAUUUUACAGUUUGACAUUGAAGGCAUCAGAACUUUCUUCCACACAUUCUUUCGCUUACCUACUUGGAUGUGGCAGGGCUUUCUUGGCUCUACACUUUCAUCUGCCGACCUCGUAAUGUUUGCAUUUUAUAUGUUUGUUAUUGCACCAAACCGCAUGAGAAUGUUUCUAAUCAGGCAUCUACUUUCUGAUCCCACUGGAGCAAUCAUGUUACGAACAUAUCUUGCAUUAUAAGUUGUUCAUAUUUCAACACUUAUUUCUGCUUUAUUUUAGUUCUAGAGUGGGCUACACGAUACAACCCUCUUGGAAGGUCAUUGUAUAUACACUAAUACAAAUUUUUAUUGGUUCUUAAAUCUCAUAAAUUUCAGUUCAUGAUGA